CACAGCUACUAGACUUCAAAAAUCACAACAACUAUUAUCUUGCAAAUAACAACACCAACAUGUUUAGGAAGUGUAUAUGCGCAAUUGUCAUCGUAGCGAGUUCUGCUGUACUUGCUGCUCCAAUGAGGAGGUCUGCUACUGCAUUGUCGGUGUCAAAUUUUAACUCAUACAAUGUAGAUGAUGCUUUAGAUGUAUAUGAGGAUUUCAAGGCUCCCUUCAUGGGUUGCUAUGGUAUGCAGCGGAAAGGAAGCGACUGUACAGCAGACCGACAAAACGAUGCUUUCAUUAUCGCCGACCCCUCUUCCUCGUCAACAAAAGUGAUGGAAAUAAAGAUGAAAGCCGGUGCCCAUGGCACAAACCAGCACAGUGGUGGCCAAUUUAAUACGCUGCAGUUUGAAGACUAUGCGGGUCUUGAUGAGGCCACUUUAGAAUACAGCGUCUUCUUCCCUUCAGAUUUUGAGUGGGUCAAAGGGGGUAAACUACCCGGAUUGCAUGGUGGAGCAUCGUCCGGAAAAAUGCAAUGUUCGGGAGGCACCAAGAGUACUGGAACAAACUGCUGGUCAACCAGGCUUAUGUGGAGGGAGAAUGGCGCGGGCGAGGUCUAUUUGUACGCACCUAUGUCUCUGCAGUCUGAAGCUUUCUGCAAAAGAUGCGAUAACAUGAGUUCUUGCUCUACCUCUGAAGCGACUUGCUCAUUAAAUCGUGGAAGUUGGAGCUUUCAAAGAGGAAGUUGGUCGCAUGUCAAGCAGACAGUUCGUCUGAAUACUGUGGGGUCAAAUGAUGGUCAAAUCAAACUGUGGGUGAAUGGUAAUCUGGUGAUGUCAGAAACUAUUGUGCUGCGAAGCACUGAUUCGGUGACACACUUAGGCAUGUUUUACAGCGUGUUUUACGGAGGAUCGGGAUCGAGUUAUGCACCUAAAACUGAUCAAUCGCUGCAGUUUAAGAACUUCAAACUCACGGCCGGUUUGUAAUCGAGGAAAUCUCACACUGUUCUAAGAAUAUAUUCAGCUCGUGUGGCGUGACAUUCAGAUCCGAUAAGCCCAGGGAAAUACGUCAUGCCAGUGCGGUAUUGGCGAGCAUCGCAAAAAUAAUAAUUAAUAUACAUAAAUACCACAUCUCGAGAUA